GCACCAUCCAAGUCCACAAAGAAAGCCAAAGUAUUCCACCCAGACUCACGGAAGGCAGCUCAGCUAGCUCGUACCCAACUUCGAAAAAAUAAGCUGUCCGAUGCGAGGUCUGAGAAAAAGAAAAAAUUGGCUGCUGAAGGUUCCCCGAUGUGUGUAGGAUUUUUCUACCACGCUUUACCCCCAGAAGGCGUGCUGUCUCUCCAAGAGCUGCACUCCCUAGUUCGCGAUGUAUGGUUGACACGACACGACCAUGAGCUGGAAGAGGAGAGAUCUGCCCGGCGCAAGGGCCGCCCAAAAAGCACGAAAGAGGUGAAAUUGGAAGAGAUCAAGCUUCGUGAAUCAGAGGAAUACAGGACAGGGUUUGAAGUGUUAGACCUUACCCACAGUGCUAAUGUCGAACUGUUCCGCAAGUGGGACCAAACGGAAGCUGCCUACGUGCAAAUGCUGCGAUUUAUCCGCAUCACAAGCACAGACCCUGCCGUCGCAAUCCUAGUCCAAGCCAGGGAAGCACCCCUCCCUACGGCAGACGAACCCCAA